GGCAGACGCUCUGUGUCAAAAUAAGGCCCAAGAGAAGCUUUUAACCUUCUGUGACUUUCGCAGAACUCUUACUUUGACGCUCACAUUUUUUGGGGGGGACUCGAGUCAGACCCCGGGUCUUGAAUUUGAUGACUCCAGACUUGGACGGGAACAGCGAUGACUCGGGACUCCACGUGGACUUGAACUGUAAUCACUUGAAAAGACUUGCUAUGUUGACAAAAGCACUGCGAAACAAACACUUUGUAGCUUUCCCUUGUUUUACCCCAGGAAAAGUGUCCUUGACCAUUAACGCUGUGUGUGCUUGGUUUCAGAAACAAAACAACACUCAGAACAAAGAACAUUCACGCAAUAGGGACAAUUCUCUCAAAGGGUCACAGAUGUCCAAGAUGCAGAAUCUUCUUCGUUUAGAACAGGGAGGAGUGCGUCAGGGCCCCCCUCCCCCCCACAGACACAGUGGCCUUCUUACCCGUUGGGGGUUCCCGUUCUAGACCAGUGCAAUUACAAUUGUGCAAAGGGAGCAGGUUAAGGUCACCCAUCGUGCGAUAGUCUACGCGCUACAUUACUAACCCUAAUUGGACCAGCAGGAUAUGAGGCUGUGUCUCAACAACAGCGAAAAGGAGAAGAUAGUAGGUUCGCUGCCGAAGAAUCUAAGGACUUCAUUGCCAGAGGGGGAAAAACUAUUUGAACGCCUGCUACUUUUGACUCGCAUGGAUCGGUAGCGCUCAUCCGACGGAAGGAGCCGGAAGAGCUGUUGAGGGUGCGGAAGGAUCCUGCCUGCUCUGGACCGAGUUCAAAAGUGGGUAGAGUGGUGCCGACAAUCCAUUCAUCGGUCGUGAUCGUCCGUUGCGGUCGGUCAUGAAGGAACCAGAAUGGACAUGUUGGUGAAGGGAACAGGGCUGAGGAAGGAACCUUGAGGGACAGACGGUGGUGGACUUUGUAAAAAGAAUGGAAAUGGAAGUACCGAACACUGUUUUCCCGAAGAGGCGGGAACAUUGGGUGACCCGCAAGAGCGGAGGUAGAAGCACGCAGGAAAACCCGUACUUGUGCAGCGAUGAGUGUGACGCGUCCAGUCCGGACUUGUCGCACCCGCCUCAGCUGAUGGGGGACCGGGAGAGGGGCGGACUCAUCACGUACUGGCAGACAGUCACCUGGUCCAAGUAUCCCGAGCCGCUACUGGCCAACAUCACGCUGUCCUGGAACAAAAGUCUGGAGGUGGUGGAUGACUUGGUAGUCAGCUUUGAAUACGGACGCCCCACCAGCAUGGUGCUCGAGAAGUCCACGGACCGAGGGCUGACGUGGCAGCCGUACCAGUUCUAUGCCGAUGACUGCAUGGAGACGUUUGGCAUGCCGCCCAAGCUCGUCUCUGACUUGGCGCCCAGCAACGUCACAAGGGUCAUCUGCACGGAGCGGUACUCCAGAUGGGUGGGCGCCAAGGAGGAGAAGACGGUGGUGUUUGAGGUUGGAGCUCGCUUACGCGUGUUUGCGGGCCCCAAAUUCCUGAACGUGGAUGCGUUGUACACGCGGCUGCAGAGCAGCAAAGCGCUGCGAGACUUCUUCACCUUCACGAAUCUUCGCCUUAGACUCCUGCGACCGGCUCUUGGCGGGACUUAUGUCCAGAGAGAUAACCUGCUCAAAUACUUCUAUGCCAUCUCCAACAUCGACGUACCUGCCAGGUGUAAAUGCAACCUGCAUGCAUCUCGUUGCGCGCUACGCGAUGCCACGCUGAUGUGUGACUGUCAACAUAACACGAGCGGACAAGACUGCCAGCGCUGCAAUGCCGGGUUUGAGUCCCGCAACUGGAUGCCCGGGAGCUUCCUGCCUUUGCCCCGUGGGACUGCCAACGCUUGUGAAGCAGAAGAAACGACACCCAUGGCCGAUGACUCUGACCGAAGUUCUGCUUCAGCACGUGGGAUCACUGACACUUAUUCGACUUCCACUAUCGACACGUCUUCUAAAUUUAUGACUUUGACUUUUGAUACUACGAAUGACCUUAGUGGUACUCGGACUGCUUCGUCAACUGCAACGAUGGGUUCUUUAGACACGACCGAUACUUCCUCGACUUCUCCCACAGACUCUUCUAUUUCUAGUUUUGCUACUUGGAAUUUUGGCUCUCCUGCUGACUUUAGCGGCCCGUGGACUACUUCUGCAAUUGAAACUGUUCCUCCUGCGGAUAUAACAGAUACUACUAUUGACUUGUCUACUUCUGCGUGGACUCCAGGGGGUUCUGCUGUUGACAUGUCUAGCUCUUACAGCUCAGGAACGGACAGCUCUGUGACUGACAGUCUUAUGAUUUACAGUUCUGGUACAGACAGUUUUACACCGUACCCUGUCACAGUUUUGACAAAGGACAAAGAUAUGAGUUUUUCCUCUACUGUUUUGGACUCUACAAGCCUAAAGUGGGGAACCAGUGACUUAGCAUCAGGAGGGGGUGUUAGCGUUCCUCCGGUGGUUCCUGCUGUUGGCACCUCUGGUGUCCGCCUGCGUUUAGACAUUAGCGGUCCAACGGUACCAAGUGGCACUAGAGCGACCUCCAAUAUCAAGACUGACUCUCAGGUGUCUAUUUCCGGCCCAGUGACUCCACCCCCCGACAAGACAGACUUUGUCCCCUUGUGGACGUCCACCACCAGCUACUCACCUUCAAGAUCAAGUUCCUGGAUGUCUGACAUAAUUCCAUCCAAUGGAACGGUCGUUUCCAGAGAUAAUCCACGUCCUCGGACUUCUACUGCUGGAGAUCCUGAAGUGACACCAGGAACUUCUAAUGGACCUCCUCCUGUAGGCUCUCCUACUGAUGACCUGAUCCCCAUUGAAGCUUCUGAUGGACUUCUUCCUGAUACUUCUCCCAAUAAUUUAACUCCCACUCUCGAGGGACUUCUUCCUGACAGACCUUCUAAGCUACCCUCCACCUAUCUAUCUCCUCUUGACACAACCAUACUUGGGAUACCGACCCCUGAUGUAGCCUCUGUUGAUGUCCCUCCAGAAAUCGAGUCCGCCAAAAUAAAUGUUCCACCUGCCGAUGCAGCUCCAUUUGAUAGACCGCUUGCCAAGCAACCAAAUCGUGAAGAUGGAACCACCCCGAAACUUUUCGACCAAAUUGCGCCGUCUGACAGAUCUCCUCCAGACACAGCUUUGGCCAAAGCAGCUCCUGCGGAUGGAACGCCAAGUGAUAGAACACCGCUGAAAACAUUUCGGCCAAAUUCAUAUCCUGAUGCAACUUCUGAUAGCGUGGCUCCUGACAGCCCCUCUUCUGAUGUAACUCCUUCCUUGGGUGAACCCUCUUCUGAAGUACUUUCUCCUGAGGUGGGCUCCCCAUAUUCUGAUGCUGCACUUAGCAUACCUUCUUCACAAGUUGAGGAAAUUGCACAGGACAAGCAACCAAUUGCAGCGGAUUUGUCAGAGCCUACUGCAGCCUUGGCCCCAGUCGAUUUCACCUUCCCUUUUUCAGAAGAUCAGGAUUCCACUGCCCCAGGAAGAGAAGACUCAAAUCUAGAUAUUGGAUUAGGUUCUAUUAAUUCUGAUUUCACUGCCUCUGAAACAGAAAAGUCAAAUCUGGAUCCUAGACCUGAUUCAGUAGACCAGGAUUCCACUGGACUCAGAACACCUCCUAAAAGAGAAGAUUCAACUCCAGACUGGGGAUUUGAGUCAGCAGAUCUGGAUUCCAAUAGCCCUGGAACACCAGCUGGAAUGGAAGUUUUAAAUCCCAAUUCUAGAAUGGAUUUAACAGAUCAGGACAACACUACACCUGGAACACGUCCUGGAACAGAAGACUCUAAUCCAGAUUCUGGAUUGAAUUCAUUCGAUCGGGAUUCCACUGCACCAUUAACACCUAUUCAAAUAGAAAUUCCCAAUCCGGAUUCUGGAGGUGAGAGUCGUUUGGAUUCUAAAACAGGCCAAACAAGAGAUCGAAGCCCUCAGGAACCCGAAGCACAGUUUUCAGAAUCCAGCCCUAAAAUUCCUGAGCAGAAAUCAGGCCCCGAUUCUCCUGAAAAUUCCGACAAACCAAGAGAGGAUUCUUCCUUGGCAACUAAGCAGGGAGAACAAGGGUCAGAGACGUGGAGAAAAGAGGAGAAAACCAGUGAAAAAGUUGUGGAGUCCAAAGAGGAAGACCUUCUAAACGAAAGAGAGCAGAAAGAAAAGAAAGAUGAGAAGACAAUGAAAGAGAAAAGAGAAAACGAAGACAAUGCCAAUAGAGACGAGAAAGAGGAAAAACGCUACGAGAAAAAAGUGACUCAGAAGAUUUUGAUCCCGGGCAGUGCGGUGAGCAGCAAACUUUCCCAAAUCGCAUACGUCACCUUCCAGGAGUGCGAGUGCAACGGCCACUCGAACCGCUGCAGCUUCAUGGACUUCCUCAACGUUGUGACGUGCGUGAGCUGCAAACACAACACCAGAGGGCACCGCUGCCAACACUGUCGUCUCGGUUACUAUAGGAACCAUCUGCUACCGCUAGAUCACCAGGAUGUUUGUGUGGAGUGCGAUUGCGACACUGUCGGCAGCCGGUCCAGACACUGCGCCGCCUCGGGGGUGUGUCAGUGCAGGGAGGGCGCCGGCGGGAGGCGCUGCGACCGAUGUCUGCCCGGAUACGCCCGAAGAGGAGGCGGGGUCGGAUGCACAGCCAACGUGUGCGACCAGUCUCAGUCGUGUCAGAACGGCGGCACGUGCGUGGACUUCCGACGCUGCGAGUGUGCCGGCAACUUUGCAGGUGUGUACUGCGAACAGCGCGUGUGUCCGAAGAACAGCGGUUGCCUUGACGACAACACAAGCGCCGCCUCGCAACCGCUGACCUCACGGCUCGGCCUCCCGCUGACCCUCAGCCUGCUCGCCGCUGUCAUCUUUCCGUGACGCGACGGAACCGAGCCUGCGGGCGGCCCGAAUGUUAUUGUCAUUUCCUUGUUUUCACUUGUCGACUGCGACUUUUUUUUCGUUUUCUACUGUCAUUGUUGACGUUUCUUUUUUUGGGUCGGGGAGACCGACUUUGUGCCUGUGUUGAAAAUCCUCUUGAAAUUGAUUCCAGCAUGCAGGGGUUCAAAAUGCUCGUAAUCCAAACCCGAGUUCUGACUCGACCUCCCCUGAACUCCAAAACGGGAAUCGUUCAGGCAGAACCGCUGAUCUGAAUGAGUUCAGUCAAGUCUGCGGACGCUCACAUUGAAGUCAAAGCUCGAAAAAUGAUCCACGGAGCCCCGAUGCGGAUUGACCGCGGAAACAGAAACGUCAAGCUACUUACUUGGCCCUUGGAAUUUGAGGCGCAACGGAAAUAUCCAUCCAUCCAUCCAUCCAUCCAUCCAUCCAUCGUCUUGCGCUUAUCCGAGGCAGGCCAGGGGGCGGCCAAGUAGCGCAUGAGCAGGGAAACGCAGACUUCCCUCUCCACAGCCGCUUCUUUCAGCUCUUCCCGAGGCAUUCCGAGCAACCCGGGUGAGACGUGGUCUCUCGCCAACGUUUCCCAGGUCGUCCUCGGGGUCUCCUUCCAGUGGGACCAGCCCAGCGUCCGGUCCACUUUUUCCAAACGAUUUGCGCACUUAAGUUCAUGCCUGUAUGUAAGUAUUGAGUAGAUUAAGCGGCGAUAGGAGGAGCAUCUCGUUUAUACGUUUUCAUCAAACAUUAGCAGUGCUGUGUUCAUGCUAGCCCGGGGCGGAAUGUAGACACCGACGAGUAAGAAUAAAGGACAAAAACCUCACAUGGCGAGUAAAAUGGCCCCGACCCCCAUGAAGAUAAGCGGUCCAGUGGAUGGAUGGAUAAAAUUCCCUUAGCGGCUUGAUGCUAACGCAAUGGACAACACCACCAACCGGCAUCUCCGGUGAAGAACGCAUGGCGUUGACGAGCAUAUAUUAUUUACCCUGUGCAAAAA